AUGCCAGGCGUCAAAGACAUGGCAGAAAAACCGCCACCUAGCGCCCCGACGGGCCAACAGCAAUCGCAACAGCGACAACAAAACCCACCACUACCAAACAGCACUCAACCACAGCAGCAGCCACAAGAACGACCACGAUCCCCGCCCCCACCACCGACAAGCCCCAUAUCACCCUCCACCCGGCUGCCCCCCGACAUCGCGCCUGCCGUCCCCGUUCCGACCGCGACCGGCAGCAGCACGCGCUACACGGCCGUCCCGUCCCCGUCCGCCGUGUCAUUUUUCGCCGCCAACCGCCCUGCCCUGACGCACCUGUCGCAGCCGGACCAGAACGCGGGCCCCGCACUUCAAGCGGGGACGUCGACGUCAUCACAGGCGCAGCCGCCUCUGGACGCUCCCCCGCCGCCCAGGCCGCUCGACUUUGACACGAACCCGGACGUCCUCGCCAUCAAGUCGGCCAUCUCCAUCCUGCAGAUCCAGCGCGCCCGCGCCCAGGCCGACAUCGCCGCUUUGGGGCGCGCCAAGGACGCCGCGCUGCGGGAACCCCUCGCCUUUGUGGACGACCUGCGCGCCGGGAGGGUUGCGACCGCGCCCGAGGCGCCGACUCUGUUUGAUCCGUUUGCACCCCUGGGCGAAGACGACGACGAUUCCGAUUCCUCGUCGGACGAGGAUGCAGCAGCGGCGGCCGACGCCAGCGCCACAAAGGGCAAGCAGCCAGCAGGGACGGCGUCGUCGAAACCUGCCAACCAGCGGGGGAAGGACCCGUCGCCGCCGUGGCGCAACCUCCCCAAGCCUCAGAACGUCGUGCGCUGCCCGCCGAUAAACUGGUCGCAGUACGCCGUCGUCGGCGAGUCGCUCGACAGGCUGCACAACGAGCAGGUGGCGCGCCCCAACCCCGGCGCCCCCGCCGUCGUGGGCCCCGGUGGAGUCUACGAGUUCAAGGGCGGCUCGUCUUCCCAGGCUGGAGCUCCCGGACCGAGGUUCGUCGGCGUCGCUGCGCCCUACGACCCGCAGCGCGACAAGAUCGAGAAGAAGCCCAGGAAGCAAAAGGGCACUGCGGUCUGA